CGAAUUGAUAAGAAAGGUCGUGUGAUAGAACAACCGAAAAGACUAUGAACGUCUGUCAGUAUUUUCCCGGCAUUCAAUUAUCGUCAUUCGUUUGAGUCACGCGGUCGUCUGCGCUCCAAUUGCAAGGCAUUCGUUGUCUCGUGUCUCGAAGAACAACCAAACGCUCUAAAAUCAUUAUUUCCUCAAAGAAACAUUGAUUGUCAAUUGUUUAACAAUGGCACGACUGGUGAGUCAAGUUUUUAAACACAGUUUGAAACCAUUUUCGUGUGCACAAGGAUCGAAAAUUGGUAAUUGUCGAUGUAAAUUCGCUGGUUUCACGCAUGUGAGGAGCAUCGUCACCACAUCAGUCUUCAGGGCGGAGAAAUGGUUCACUGAGAAACAUGAGUGGGUGGAGAUAGACGGGAAAAUUGGCACUGUCGGCAUCUCAGAUUACGCACAGGAUGCACUUGGAGACGUUGUUUAUGCACAAUUACCUGAUGUAGGGACGGAAAUUAAACAAGAUGAGGAAGUAGGUGCACUCGAGUCAGUAAAAGCAGCCUCCGAGGUGAUAAGUCCAGUGAGUGGAAAAGUUGUGGAGAAAAAUGAUGCUGUUGAGAAUAAACCCGGCCUCAUUAACACCUCGUGUUACACCGAGGGUUGGCUAUUCAAAGUCGAGCUCUCCCUACCCGAUGAAAUAACGAAAUUGAUGAAUGAAAAGUCGUACGAAGAAUUCUUGAAAUCCGAUCCACAUUAACUGAUACGAGUAAUUAACUGAUUGCUGAUUACGAAGGCACAUUAGGGAUUAUUUAUUGGACAGAUCUGGAAAGCAAUACGGAGAGAUUGCCCUCAUUAUCUCCUCAUUUUUGAUAAAGUGUGUCACAAUUCAUCCAGCCUCGAGAAUUUGUGAUGAAAUAAUUCGCCACGACCAUCAUAAUCAUUCGAUUCUCUUUCUCACGACUCAAAGUCUUAUUAUUCAUUGCAGGAAUUUAAAUAAUUGAUAUAUUGGUCGAAAUGAAUAUUUGUAGGACGAUCCUAUCAUGUUUCUGUUGAUAAUAAAAAUUAUACUUACAGUGAAUUAAUUCAUUGAUUAAUUUAUAGCAUUUUAAUUCAAGAAUUUUUAAUUUUAUGGAAAAUAUUGAACAAAUAUUCUUUUUUCAUUGUUUUUAAAUAACAAGAAGAGUUGAGGAUUCUUUAAUCAUUCGUGAACAGGAGAAAAUGCAUCUCUGAUAUUUUUCAUUCUAUUUUGACUCUGUCUAAAAAAAAAUUCUAUCAAAUUGUAAUUCUUAGGAAGAAUAAAUCUUAAUUGAAAGUCUGUACAAAUAGUCUUGUCUAAGAAUUUGACUUCGCAACUGCUAUUCUGUAAGACGUCGAAUGAAAAAUAAUCGGAGAUAACGAUUUUUGAUAGAAAUAAACAAUCGCAAGGAUGAUCAUUAUCUUAUUAUGUUAAUAAUAAAGAUAUAUAUUUACAGUCAAUGAA